AUGCCCGGUGAAGCUUUUCGAGACAAAGGUGUUAUUAGAAAAAUAUACCUCAAGGAUUUUAUCACGUACAAUGAAGUUACCGUGACACCAGGUCGUAAUUUGAAUAUGAUUAUUGGACCCAAUGGCACUGGAAAAUCAACAUUGGUUUCAGCUCUAGCUCUUGGAUUCGGUGCUACACCCAAAACACUCGGCAAAUCAUGCCAGAUUGGCGAUUAUGUUCGUAGAGGAUGCGAGAGAGCCACCAUCGUAAUUCACGUUCAACAUUCACCCCAGAGAAUUCUACAGCUGACUCGCAUAAUUACCACUGAAAAUAAAUCAACCUGGAUGAUUGACGGAAAACCUGUCAUUGAGAGUAAAGUUCGUGAAGUUAUCAACGAUUUGAACAUACAGGUUAACAAUCUCUGUCAAUUUCUACCGCAAGAACGGGUCCAAGAUUUUGCCGGCCUUGAUGCACGUCAGCUGUUGAUAAGUACUGAGAAAUCUGUUGGAGAUCCACGAUUACACGGUUUCCAUACCCAGCUGAUAGAAUUUCGUGGUAAAGAAGGACAAAUGAGUGCUGAAAUAGAGCAAAAAAAGUCUAAGCUAGACAUUGACAAGCAGACUUUCGCCAGGUUGGAGGAGUCUGUAUCAACCAUCAAAGAACGGACCACAAUGAUCAACAAAUUGAAAAAAUUGAACCAGAAGAAGGCUUGGAUGGAAUACGAGGAUGCCAAAAAAGUUACGUCUGAAACUAAAGCGCAAAAAGAUCAACUGUCUCUUGAAUUGAUCCAAUUAAGAGAAUCACUCGCUCCCUCUGAUGAACUUAUCAAUAGAAAGAAAAGUGAAAUAAGAAGAUUAGAGAACUUGGUUAAUACUCACAAUCGUAAAAUCACUGAGCACGAAAUAAAGUUGAAUACUACCGUAGAAAAAUUUGAGAAUUGUCACUGUGACAUAAAUAAUAUCAAAAAAGAAUCUACUAUGGAGAUAGAGCAAGAAAAGUCACGGGAUCAAGAAAUAAAAAAAGCUGAAAUUCGUAAAAAUAAAUUAGAAAAUGACAAGCCUUUGCUGAUUCAAGAGCUAGGAUCCGUGGAAGUAAUUACAAAGCGUUUUCAAGAAUGUGAUUAUCAAGUUGAGAACCAAAAGCGAGUAACUGAAGAUCUAUCCGACAAAACUUCAAGAUUAAAAAAUGAGUGUGACAAAAUGAAGUAUGAAAUCAGUAACUUUCAACGUUUGAUAAAAAAUUUAAAGAAUGUUGAGGACAAACGUAUGGAUAUUCUUCGACAGUACAGCAGCGAUACGUUUGAAGGUGUCCAGUGGCUUCGGAGGAACACUGAUAAGUUCCAGGGUAAAAUCUUCGAGCCAAUGAUCCUGACGCUUCAAGUAGAUCAUCCUGACCACGCCAAGUACGUCGAGCGUGUCAUACCUCACCGUGAUUUGAUUGCCUUUGUAUGUGAAAGUAAAGAAGAUAUGAAUUUGUUGUUGACUUAUUUAAGAGAGGAGCGAAAAUUGGUCAUCAACGCAGUUCAUUCAGACCCUAACAGAAAUUACAACAACAGACCUCACAUUCCGCUGGACCAGCUCCGUCAAUUUGGCUUCCAGAAUUAUUUAAUUGACUUUAUUGAUGCUCCUCCGACUGUAAUGAAUUACUUGGUGUCCAUGUAUCACAUUCACAACAUUCCCAUUGGUACUGCUGCUGUUGAGAACCAAGCUGAUCACGUUCCCGACAGCAUUUCUUUGUACUUCUCUCCGAAUAAUUCCUACAGUGUCAGAAGGUCCAAGUACACUGGGGACAAGUCCACAAGCAUUUCUCAAUUAAGUGGUACGCGUUACUUCAAUGUUAAUAUUGAUACCAGAAAAAUUCAAGCCCUUGAGCAGAAAGUAGUGGAGCUGCAGCGUCAUCUGGAUGAUUAUAAUCAGCAAGUGGAGGCUUCUGUUGGACAGCACCAAGAAGAGUGCAGAAAAUUGGAUGAGAUAAGGAAUAAUAAAGCUAAGAUUAGGUCUGAUUUGAGUCAAAUUCAAAAGCUAGAAGCUGAUAUUAAUGUUGCGAAGAUAAAACUUCAGAAAUUGCAGAGUGACCGGAAGAGUAUUGAGGCGAUUAAGACUAACGCUCAGCAAAGAAUUUUACGAGCUAUUAAAAAACAAAUUGGUUAUUAUGCAGAGUGUAAUCAAUUGUAUGAAAAAGUUGUGCUGAUGUCCUCGCAGGCGAAGACUGAUUCGUUUAAAUUGAAAUUAUUACAGCAAGAGUUGAUUAAGUUUAGUGAAGAGUCGCAAAUUUUGAGGGAGAAUGUGGAAAGAGUUAAGGAAAAUGUUGACAAAUUAGAGAAAGAACUUGUUGGAAUGAGGAAGGCGCUCAGGGAGUACCAGGAAAAAGCAAUUGCAGAAACUGAUGGUGUUAGUUCAGAUGACCCACGUUUCAAGAGAAUCCAAGCGGCUUUUAAUAAACUUCCGGCUACUUUUACGGAGAUUGAAGAAGCUAUGCAGGCGGCUAAAGCCAAGCUUUAUUGUUUAGACAGAACUGAAAAUGGCGAGCAGAUUCUGGCUCAAUAUGACAAGUUGAGUCAUGAUAUUGAAAAAUUGGAGGGUGAAAUAAAAGCACUUGAAGAAAAAAAGCAGGAGAGCAAAGAGCAGAUCAGUAAGCUACAUGAUGAAUGGAUACCUCUUAUUUCCGGAUUAGUCGAAAAAAUCGGAACUAAUUUUUCUGAGUACUUUGAAAGUGUCGGGUGUGUUGGAGAAAUAAAGCUGAAUGUCCCUGAAAAUCCCAAAGACUACGAUCAAUAUGAGAUGCAGAUUUCUGUCAAGUUCCGCGAUGCUGACGAACUUCAAAUAUUCGACAGACAGAGGCAGAGUGGAGGUGAAAAGGCUUUUACCACUGCAGUUUACAUGCUUGCGCUCCAAGAAAUGUGCAACGUUCCUUUCAGAUGUGUUGAUGAAAUCAACCAAGGAAUGGAUCCUAUCUACGAAAGACGCGUCAUGGAUUUGCUCGUUGAGUUGACUACCAACAGAUCUAGCUCUCAGUACUUUUUAAUCACGCCUAAAUUGCUUCCGCAUUUACAUUACAACGACAAUUGUAGGAUUCAUGUUGUACACAAUGGUCCAUGGGUUCAGCCUAAUGACAAAUUCAAUGUUCAGCAUUUCUACUCAAGAAUUUCAGUUUAA